AUGUCGCUACAGGCAGCAGAGGCCAGCCCCCUUCUUGUCUCCAACACCAAAGCCACAAACAAGACACUUGCGUUGUAUGUCCUGCCAUCGUUUGCCUUUGCGGCUUCGCUCAACUUUCUCAACACCUAUCAGUUCCGAUACUACUCGGAUGAGUACCACGUCCCACUCCGCAACCUCAACAUCGCUUUCCUUGGCUUGCAGCUGGUGUUGUUUGUGGGCAUCCCAGUUCUAGGUUGGAUCACCGAUGUGACGCAGACCAGGUUUGGCCGGCGGCGGCCGUUUAUCGCUCUCUUUGGUCCACUGCUCAUGGCCAUUCUCUUCCUCGGCAUGUAUCCCAUGAUCACCAGCUCGGUCACGAUCCUCACCGUCUGGUUUGCCACCACAUACGCGCUCGAGUGCCUUGUCACCCUCCUCUUCCUCUCACCGUACCAGGCACUGGGCAUCGAGCUCACCCUCGACUCUGCCGAGCGCAACCGGCUUUUCGGCGCAACACAGACGUUGUACCAGCUGGGCGUCAUCGUGUCGACCGCCGUGCCUGAGGCACUGGCGUCAACCGUCGCGUCACGCCGCAAGGUCUACAUGUUGUUCGGCGGUGCAUCGGGCAUCCUCGGCUGCGUCACCAUGCUCACGCUGGCAUUCAGCGUCUCGGAGGCCUCAUGCUUUGUGAUGGAGAAGCGGACACCGCUGAUCCCGGGCCUCAUUCGGACGCUGGCCAACCCUGCAUUUGGCAUCCUCCUUGCCACCAUCACCCUCCUCAACUGCCAGCCGUACUUUCUGGUCCUCCUCCCGUACUGGGUCAAGUACUCGCUUCAGCUCGACUCGUUCUGGCAGGCAGCCAUCAUGACGACCUACAUGACCGGCGCCUUUGUCUUUAUUCCGUUCUGGACCUGGCUGGCCGGGCGGAUUGGCAAGAAGCGAACGUACCUGCUGUCGAUGGCGGUCGCCGUGGUCGCCUUCUCGGCGCUCUUGCUGGUGCACUCGGGCGAUAAGAUCGGCGCGGCCAUCGCCGCUUUUGCCGCCGGCGCUACCGGGCUCUCGCUCAACUCGUACAACUUUCUUUUCCAGUCGAUCCUCGCCGACCUCAUCGAGUACGACGCACUGCUGACGGGCUACCGCCGCGAGGCGCAGUACGCCAACAUGGUUCAGCUCUUCAAUGCGCUCACCUCUGUCAUGUCGGUCUCACUUCCGCUGUUCAUCAUGGACGCUGUCGGCUUCAAGGCCGACGUCGUCCAGCCCGAGCGAGUCCAGACUACCAUCACGCUGCUCCUCGGCCCGGGCUGCGCUCUGUUUGUCGCUCUCGCAGCCGGCGUCUUUACCUUUUACCCCAUCACCUCACGGGUUCAUGCUGCCAUCCGUGCCGGCCUCGACGCACACGCCGCUGGCAAGCCCGCCGACGAUCCGGUCACCGGCACCGUCGUCCUGCCUCCGGCCGCAACCGCCAAUCCUGUUCCCGAGGCCACCGCUUGGUUUCUCGACCACUUCUUUCGCUUUGAGCUCCGAUGGGCGCUUCUCCCGAUCCCACAGCCGUACGCGCUGCUCAAACUUGUCGUUGGCUGGAUCGUUCUCUCGUCUGCCGUCACCGCCGGCUCUGUCGCCUGGAUCGUCACCGAUGUCAACAAGUACCUCGAAGCGGGCGCGUUUGUUGGCAUGGUCGCCGUCGCGCUUCUCAUCUUCAAUCUCUGCCGCAUCGGUCCAGCACUCGACUUUGCCUCGGCGCCAAUCCCUGUCGGUGUUAUUGUGGCGCACACCGGUAGCGGAUGA